AUGCCUACGAAAAUGGUGGAUCUCUCACAGGAUGAUCGCGACAUUAUCAAGCGAUAUCCAUUAAAUGACUCACUCGACAAGCUAGGUGACCUACUUCAGGAGGCAGAGAAAGUCUACGACUCACGGUUGAUGUUCUACGAUGGUGCCUCUGACAGUCUCGACCAUCUCUAUCGAAGUGCAAUAACGAAACUUGUCUAUGCAUUACAGGGAACUGAUGCAGCAUUAAAUCUUUCGUCACAAAUAAACGAUCAAAAAGCGGAUUCGGACCUGGCAAACCUAUAUACGCGUCUCCGGAAAGAGAAGGGAGGCUUCAGCUACAAUCCCUAUCGAGCCCUGGUACGCCUAGUGAUUCAAAAGGCUCCCGACGUUGAUAUCUGGAAAGCAGUUCAUCAAGUUAUUGAGACUGUCUCUCAACUUACCCCUCCUGCGACAGUUCUUCCCACAUCAGACGGUACCCCUUGGAGGUCGACGUCGUCCUCUCAGCGCGGUAACGAGCAAACUCGCAAACUGGUGGAAGAGAGGCUCUUUGACGAGAUCAAGACAUGCACACAUAAAGAUGUUGGGGGAUUUGAUGCGAAGUAUUUUCGAAAUACAAGUUGGGAAGAGAAGUUCAUCGAUAUCUAUAAGAAGAUACAGGAGCGAGACGACACUGGACUAUCGGAUUUCCCAAACCCGCCAAUUCAAAAUGAUGUUCUAGACUGGUGGUUCCGAUUACAGAAUACCUUCUUGACCGAAACUCGUGGGAUGUAUUUCUCUACCGAAGGCAAAAAGAGUCUCAAAGACUCCGAGGCUGAACGACAGGUGGACGUGCUGAUGAAGGUGCGAGCCGGUGAUGACCCUGUGCCAAGACAUAGCUGGAAGGAUAUACGCGUUGUCGGUGAACUUAAACAGUCAAAUUACAAUAAGAAGGGCACGAUUCUUCAGAUGGAGCGGUAUGUACGAGACGUCUUCGCCGCCCAGCCGACCCGUCCAUUCGUUCACUCCUUCACUCUCUGCGGGACGGAGAUGGAGAUGUGGGUGACUGAUCGAUCGGGGCCAUACAGCUCUGGCUCCUUUGACAUCCGUAACGAGCCUGAACGGUUCUUCCGUGCGAUCAUCGGAUACACGCUGAUGAGUGACGAGGAGCUGGGUCUAGAUACAUUCACCAUGCUACACGACGACGGGACGCGAACUGUCUAUGUUGGGGAUAUUGACACUAGCGGGAAGAAGCUCCUGCGACUGGAAUCGAUGCCCAUCUCAAUUCAGUUAGCGGUGGUCUGCCGCGGCACGUGCUGCUAUCUAACUAAAGAUGAUGGUGCUUUCAAGUCACAAAAUGCUGUCAAAUUCUCCUGGACUUCUGCCAGACGACAGCCCGAGGUGGAACUUCUUCAAAAAGUGCAUCAACGCGAGGUAGAGGGUGUGGCCAGGAUGAUUGGAUACAGAUCCAUCACAAGCAUUGCAGAAUUGCGCGAAGGUCUUGACUUUAAGAAAGUUUAUCAAUUUCGCAGCAUGGCACCAAGCACUUCGUCCUCCUUUACCCAAUCUCAGCCACAGCUCCAGCUGUCCCAAUCGUUCACGGAGCUCCGUGGCUUAAGCAUCGCCAAAGGUUCGUCAUCAGGCUCCUCGAAGAAGAGAAAACAAUCUACCCAAUCUGCAGCCAAGCCUCUCAAACUUUCACGGUCGAGCAACCUUAGGUUGGAUAGCGCAGCAGAAGGAAAUGAGGUAGCAUUUUCUGUGGAGGAGACUCAGAAAGCCAGCCUUUACGCCACCGAUGGAGAAGAACCAUUCGAAAAUCGAGUCCUGCGCUGCUUGGCGAUAUCCCCGGCCGGCAGAGCAAUCUGUAAGUUUGAUUCGCUCAAAGAGUUGCUCCUAGCACUCCGUGAUGCGAUCAAAGCGCAUCGUUCCCUGUACAUCAAGGGAAAAAUCUUACACAGAGAUAUAUCAGAGAAUAACAUAAUCAUCACCGAUCCUAAAAUCAACAAUGGCUACUCAGGCAUGCUGAUUGACCUUGAUCUUGCGAAGGAGCUCGGUAGCGGGCCGACAGGAGCACGACAUCAGACCGGCACGAUGGAAUUUAUGGCGAUUGAAGUGCUGCUUAUCAUUGACCAUACUUAUCGGCACGAUCUGGAGUCGUUCUUCUAUGUGCUUAUAUGGCAGUGUGCCCAUAAUGGAUGGGAACGUUACGGUCGUUCGAAAGAAAAGCCUCAAAAAAGCCGACUAAAGAAGUGGUACACAGGGAGCUAUGAGGAGAUCGCCGAUGUGAAAACCGGUCAUAUGGACGCGAAUAGAUUUGAGGACCUUUUGCAGGAGUUCCCACCAGAGUGUGACAAAGCUAAAAGUCUUUGUAGAGAGCUGAGAGGAAUCUUGUUCCCGUAUUGUAACGGGUUGGUAAUUGGGACUCCGGCGAAGCCGGAAAAACUCUAUGAUCCCGUCACCCAAGCAUUUGACAAGGCUAUUGAAUGUCUAUGA